AUGGACUAUGAAGCGUUGAAGGAUCAAUGGAGCGAUGUCGAGGAACGUGAUGGCAUCAGGCUCAGCUGGAAUACAUUUCCCAGUACUCGCAUGGAAGCAUCCCGGCUUGUUGUUCCCAUUGCAGCUGUCUACACUCCCCUCAAGGAGAAACCGGAAUCCCCAUUAUUACAAUACGAACCGGUGACUUGCAAAGCACCUUGCCGGGCCGUCUUGAACCCUUACGCCAAUGUUGAUGUCCGAGCUCGGAUCUGGAUAUGUCCCUUCUGUCUGAUGCGCAACCCCCUCCCUCCCCAUUAUAAGGAUAUCACCGAGAAUGCGAUACCGCCGGAACUUCACCCUCAAAGCACGACGAUCGAAUACCAACUGGCGCGUCCCGCCCCCGCUCCCCCCAUCUUCGUCUAUGUCGUCGAUACCUGUCAAGAGGAAGACAGCCUGAAGGCGCUGAAGGAUACUCUGAUUCUGAGUUUAUCUUUGCUGCCACCAAACGCCCUUGUCGGACUGAUUACCUUUGGCACAAUGGCUCAAGUUCAUGAGCUUGGUUACACCGAGUGUGCCAAGUCAUAUGUUUUCAGAGGCAGCAAGGACUACGCUGCGAAGCAAGUCCAGGAGAUGCUUGGGCUCCUUGCCCCUGGUCCUCGCCCGAACGUGCCCCAGCAACCUGCCCGUCCGCCUGUCGGCCCCGCCGCGCGUUUCCUUCUCCCCGUCCAGCAAGCUGAGUUCCAAAUCACCAACGUCCUUGAGCAGCUGCAGCGUGACCCUUGGCCCGUUGCCAACGACAAGCGUCCCCUCAGAUGCACCGGUGUGGCCUUGAGCGUUGCCGUUGGCCUGCUUGAAACAUCCUUCCAGAACGCCGGUGGGCGCGUCAUGGUCUUCACCAGCGGUCCGGCCACAGAGGGGCCUGGCCAUGUUGUUGGACCUGAACUCAAGGAACCUAUUCGGUCCCACCACGACAUUGAUCGCGAUAACAUCAAGUAUUAUAAGAAGGCCGUCAAGUUUUACGACGCUUUGGCUAAGCGUGCAGCUAAUAAUGGACAUGUUGUCGACAUCUUUGCCGGGUGUCUGGAUCAAGUCGGUCUUCUGGAAAUGAAGAACCUCUCCAAUUUCACCGGUGGUCACAUGCUUCUCACAGAUAGCUUCACGUCCUCGCAGUUUAAGCAAUCAUUCGUCCGAGUGUUCGAUAAAGAUGCAAACGACAACCUUCUCAUGGGCUUCAAUGCCUCUCUUGAGGUAUUGACCACCAAGGAACUCAAGGUUACUGGUCUCAUUGGUCAUGCCGUUUCUCUCAACAAGAAGUCAAGCUCGGUUGGAGAGACAGAGUGUGGUAUCGGCAACACUUGUGCUUGGAAGAUGUGCGGCAUUGAUCCGGCGUCGAGUUACGGUGUCUACUUUGAGAUCGCCAACCAGGGAGGUCCUGCGGCAGUGCAGCCCGGCCCUCAGAGAGGAAUGAUGCAGUUCCUCACCUACUACCAGCACUCGUCCGGUCAUUAUCAUCUUCGUGUCACGACAGUUGCCCGACCCCUGAGCGGUCCCACUGGAGACCCCGCACUCGCUCAAUCCUUCGAUCAGGAAGCCGCUGCGGUGCUCAUGGCGCGUAUCGCUGUCUACAAGGCAGAUGUCGACGAUGGUCCGGAUGUCAUCAGAUGGGUAGAUCGCAUGCUUAUCAGACUCUGCUCUCGUUUCGCAGAUUACCGGAAGGAUGAUCCUACAUCUUUCCGCCUGGAAAAGAACUUCACUCUUUAUCCCCAAUUCAUGUUCCAUCUCCGUCGAAGCCAGUUCCUGCAGGUGUUCAACAACUCGCCCGAUGAGACCGCAUUCUACAGACACGUUCUCAACCACGAGGAUGUGGGUGACUCGCUGGUUAUGAUCCAGCCCACACUGGAUUCGUAUUCCCUUGAACACGAAGGGAGCCAGCCGGUUCUUCUGGACUCGGCUUCGAUCCAACCUACCCACAUCCUCCUUCUCGACACUUUCUUCCAUAUUCUCAUUUUCCACGGAGAAACGAUUGCGGAAUGGAGGAAGGCCGGUUACCAGGAUCAGGAGGGUUAUGAGAACCUGAAGGCUCUCCUGGAGCAACCUAAGGAGGACGCUAGGGAAUUGAUUGCGGACCGUUUCCCGCUACCCCGUUUCAUUGUUUGUGACGCCGGUGGUUCGCAAGCACGUUUCCUCCUGUCAAAGCUGAACCCAUCAACUACACACACGACAGGAGGAUACGGCGGAGGCGUGACAUCGCAGACUAUCUUCACCGACGAUGUCUCGUUGCAGACAUUCAUGGAUCAUUUGAUGAAGUAA